AUUCCUUCAACGUUUAAAACUAACAAGUAAUUGAUAAUUUCUAUGAGAUACAAUUUUGUAUGUUUAUAAUAAUAAUAAAUUACUUAAUGUUUUUCUUUUCUACCGGUGUUACGAAAUAUUCAAGAUGAGUUUCGUGGACCUUGCUACCUUAGCAAUGCACCGGCGACAUGAGAUGGAAGUUAGAAUCAACGUUUUAGUUGAUAAAUGUGACCAUGCUAUACAAAAUAUAAAAAAUUUAAAAACGCAGGCCCAAAGCUUCGUAGGAAAUCUUAACUGUGACCCUGCAGAGUUGAAAGAGCGCUUUUUAAGCUGUAUGAAACAGUUAGAUGAAUAUACAUAUCUCCUAACAGACUUUAAUCUUGCAAUUAGUAAGCUUGAUACAUCUAAUACUAGCAAUUAUACUCCAGUCCAUGAUGUCUCGAACCCUCCACAAUUACCUCAACUACAUGUUGGUACAUUUAAUUUAAUAGAUGCGUUGAGUGAACCAACACCUUCAACGUCUAAGGAUCAUACGACACCAUGUUCCAAUCAAUACCCGUCAGAAAAACUACACCAUAAGAAAAUACCAAAAGAGGAUCAGCUUUUGAUAGCAUUCUCAAGCUCAUCAUGCUCAUCAGAAAGUGUCCCAAUAACCAGAAAUGAAAAAGAAGUGCAAUGUCAAAUAACAGAGGAAACGAAGAGACUAACCUUGGAUGACUCUGGCUCUGCCUUUGAUGAAUGCAAGCUACCGGCACAGACCUUACUCCAGAUUGAUAGUGUAUAUACGGCAACAAUCAUGCAUGUGGACGGUCUAUCCUUCUGGGUUAUCGCUGAUGACGUUGAUGAUGUAUGCAAGCUAAUGGUAGAAAUGACGAGUUAUUACAAAGAGAAUACGAUAGAAAUGAACUUAGACGAGCUGAUGUCGCUCACGUACUGCACGUACUAUGCACCCGACAGCGACUGCUAUUACCGAAGUCUCUUUAUAAGACUCAGUGACGAGGAUAUGAGUAUCGCGGAGGUGUUCCUGGUGGACACGGGCGAGACGAAGAGCGCCCCCAUCUCCACCAUACAGCCGCUCGCCCCAAUGUUCUGCAAGGCGCCGCCCUACGCGCGCUGCUGCCAUCUCGCGGGGGUUGAUCUGCUGAGUUACCGGAGCAAGGACCUGAUGGAGAAACAGGAGGAGUACAUAAAGGAAUUCAUGGGGAAACCAUGCAGUAUCAAAAUAGAUGACAAUUCAUCAGAAUCUCUGGACGUUUACGUGAUCCUUCCUUCGGGAGCGACGCUCAACGACCUUUUAGUGGAAGAAGGACUAGCGCUAAGAAUUGACAAAUCAAACAUGUCAACCGAGGGUUCAGCUACAACUAGGGGUCUAUCGGAAUUACAAGAUGAAAACUUCGAUAUCACGCAGUGCCCAGAAUAUGAUGACCCGCUGUUAGCUGUCACGGGCUACCACAAUCGAGACGAAAUUGACAUCUGCAAAAAUUACAAGGGCGGACCGGAGAAGACUUGUUUCAAAGGAGCGCGAUGUACGAAGCGUCACGUCUUAAAACAUCCAGACGGCUGGACGUUGGAUCAGGUGUCGGUGGUGGCGAAGUGCAAGCCGCUGGCGCUGCCUGCGCCCGGCACCUGGCUGCGCGUCUACGUCACGCACGUCGCGCACUUCAACCGGUUCUACGUGCACUUCCUGACGGAUAAGAAACCUGGAAAUGAAAAAGUUCCAAGCUUCGGAGUUGUCCUCCCGCCGACUAACCUCGAAGCCUUAAUUCUCGACAUGAACUCUCCGGCCACUCGCCUGACGUACAAACCUCUUAAGAUGAUCCCUGCGCCGGGCGAGCUGGUGGCGGCGCUGUACCCGCUGGACGAGCAGUGGUACCGCGCACGAGUCAUCUCCUCCACGCGCGCGGACCAGAAUGUUGAGGUUAUUUACAUCGACUACGGCAACGUGGUGUGGGUGAAGGAGGACGCGGUCCGCGAGCUGGAGCCGCGCUUCUGGUCGCUGGAGGCGCAGGCGUCGCGCUGCGCGCUGGCCGGCGUCGUGGCCAAGACGGCCAACUCGCGCCACUGGGCCGCCGCCAAGGCCGCGCUCUCCGCGCUCAUACAGGAGCGCCGCCUGCAGGCGCACGUCGUGGCGAGAGAUUACGACGAAGUUACCGUGGAACUGUUCGACGAGAAGGGUUUUAGCAUAGCUGAGCAACUAGCGGCCGGCGAACUGGUGAACCUGACCGAGUACUCCAUAGUGGACGACACAGAUGUCAAACAAAAGUUAGUGUUGCCAUAACUUGCAAAUGUUAAACAGUAAGAAACAUGUGACUUAGUUGGGAUAAGUCGAUUAGAAUUAUUUUAAGUAAAAAAAGAUAUGUGUUUAUAUUUUAUCUGUACAAUGUACAUGCUUCAACAUGAAGGAUUUUUAUCGACAAAUAUAUACAGUUAUGGUCAUAUAAUUAAGAACAAUUUAACUAAAUUUUUUUUUUACACGAACAAUAUGUCGACCAUCUCGACGAGAUGACUUUCUCUAUUUAAGUACACGCGGAACAUUUGAGUAGUUUGAUACGUGGCAAAAUGCUUCACAGCAUGGAAAACCAUCGUUUUUGAGAAUUACAGAUGGUAGGUUAUCUUUUUACACGAUCAAUUCUUCUCGCGAAGUUUUAUUAUUACUUACCUUAUAGAUUUUUCACAACUAAUAUUUUUCCCCAUUGUUUUCAUAUGAAGCAAGUUUUUAGACUUUUACAGCACUAGAUGGAGCCUAAAUUAUACGAAUAGUGACCUACAACCACAGACCCAAAGAGUGUUCCCUAUUUAAAUUUUAAAAAAAAAUUAACUAUUCAACGUUCUUAAUUAUGUGAGCCAGUAAGUAGUAACACAAGGUUCAGAUCUAAUGUAUAAAGUUUACCCAUUUAUUAUUUAGCCAAUCGAUUUUUAUAUCAACGAAUGAAGCGCUAGUUUGAAAAACUUUUGCGAUACCAAGACAAAUACAAAAAAUUACAUGCAAUUAUAAUAUACUUUUUAGUUUGAAAAAAAAAAACUUUAAAUAAGCGUUCUUAAUAU